GUUACUAGCAUUACUGUAAUAUUUGUUUUUCAUGCCUAAGUAUAAAAGUGGCGAAUUUUUAAGCCACGAACAAGUGAAGUUCGGCAAUGUUAACAAGAUAAUUUAAAACCGUAUAUUAUCGCAUAAUAAACUUUUGGGAUGAACGUGCCGAACUCUCACCAUCUGCCACAUUAUUUUCAAGAGCUACCAAGUGAACGUGAAGAGAGAUUGGAGAAGUUAUUUAAACAAUUAGACGUUGAUGGAGACGGGCGUAUCAACUUCGAAGACCUUAGUGAGGCUCUGCAGCAAAUGGGCCUUCCUUAUGCACCUGAUAGUGUGGAGAAAUUCAUUGAGAAAUCGGAUCUGGCCAAGAGUGGUAAUGUGGAUUUUGCUGAAUUUGCACAUUAUGUGAUGGAGCAUGAGAAGCAACUAUUGUUGGUUUUCAAAAGCCUUGAUGAAAACAGUGAUGGAAGUAUUGAUACAUCUGAAAUUGUAAAUGCCUUCAAGAAACUGGGAAUUUAUAUGAGCUAUGAUGAUGCUUUUAAACUUCUUCAGAGAAUGGAUAAAGAUGGCUCCUUGACAAUCACUUUUGAUGAAUGGAGAGAUUACCUUCUUUUCCAUCCAUCUUCUGAACUUGCCGACAUCUUUAAGUAUUGGAGACAUGCCACUUUUUUAGACAUUGGAGAAGAUACACUUGUACCUGAUGAUUUCACUGAGCAAGAAAUGCGCACAGGAAUGUGGUGGCGACAUCUGGUAGCUGGUGGUUUAGCUGGUGCUGUUUCAAGAACUAGUACAGCUCCUUUAGACAGGUUAAAGGUGUUCUUGCAGGUGAGGGGUGGAGAGUUCACUUCUGUACAAGCCUGUUUUAUGCACAUGCUUCGCGAAGGAGGAAUUAGGUCAUUAUGGCGAGGAAAUGGUAUCAAUGUCUUGAAGAUUGCUCCUGAAAGUGCACUUAAGUUUAUGGCCUAUGAACAGGCUAAACGCAUAAUCCGAGGUAAUAAUGAGAGAGAAUUGGGUGUGUAUGAACGAUUUUUAGCUGGAUCCAUGGCAGGAGGUAUUUCUCAAACUCUCAUUUAUCCUAUGGAGGUCCUUAAGACAAGGUUAGCAUUAGGAAAAACUGGCCAGUAUUAUGGACUUUGGGAUGCUGCAAAGAAAUUAUACUACAAAGAAGGUUUAGGAUGCUUUUACCGUGGUUAUCUACCAAACCUCUUGGGUAUACUACCAUAUGCUGGGAUAGAUCUUGCUAUUUAUGAAACCUUAAAGAAUAUUUAUAUUAGUCAUCAUCCUCGAGAGGAAUAUCCAGGAAUAUUUGUUCUGUUAGGAUGUGGAACCAUCAGUAGUUCUUGUGGUCAAAUAGCCAGCUACCCAUUAGCAUUAGUGCGAACUCGACUUCAAGCACAAGAGAACAAGAAAGAAAAUAGCAUGAUAGGUCUCUUCAGAAGCAUUCUUCAUCGAGAAGGGGUGAUGGGUCUCUACCGAGGGUUAACCCCCAACUUCAUGAAAGUAGCUCCGGCUGUGAGUAUCAGUUACGUUGUCUACGAACAUACCAGAAGGACACUUGGGGUAACAAUGACGUAGCCAUUUUAAGGCUAACAUUCUAGUUCAAUACAUUUUUUAUUUUUCUCUCUCAAUAAUUCAUCUAUUUAGCUACAAGUCACACUUUUGAAAUUUGAUCAUUUAUUUUAAUAGUCUUUCUUUUAAUAUCUUUGUACUUAAUAUAAAAAUUAUAAGUACAUAACUGUGUUUUGUGAUAGCUGUCUUUUAAAUUGUUUCAAACUGUCUCAUUUCCAACAUAUAAUACAACUUUUCUUUCUACAAACCAGUAAUAGCCUGAAUACCUCUAAUUUUAUUAUAUUCAGUUUUAAAUCUCUGUGCUUUUCAGCUUGAGUAAAAUUAAAAAUCAUGUGUGCUAACCUUUCAAGAAUAUUGAUUUAGUAAAAAGU